GGCUUUACCUGGCUCAGGUGUCAGGGUUGGGCCUGUUAUAAGUCAAUGCAGAUGGGAAACGAGCACACAAUCCAGAAUCUGCUUUCUCCUUUCUUCACACACGAGUAGAGACACUGGGAUAUCAUGCGCUUCAGCGUCUUGUUCUUCAUCGUCCUCCUGGGCGUCCUCUACCUCACACUGGCUCAAGGCUCGUAUGAGGACUGCUGCCUGCGGUAUGUUAGAAAAGUUAAACCGUCCAUGAAGAGCAGAGUGACCAGCUACAGAAAACAACAGCAGGACGGAGGCUGCAACAUCCCUGCCAUUGUCUUCACACUGAGACAAGGCCGUAUGUUUUGCGCUGAUCCCAGAGAGAAAUGGGUCCAUGAAAUCAUGCAGAGGGUGGACAGAAUGCAGUCAACCUCAUCUAUGAAGAGGAAGAAUGUAAGGGGCUAAACAAGCGAGAGGACCAUAGGGAAAGCUGCCCGAGUGUCUCGGCCAAUCACAUUCUUUCUUUGAGCUCCGGCUCUCCGAGCGCAUAUUUCAGCAUGGAUUGAUUGGUGUUCUUCACAGUACUUCCUGUGUUUUCCACUUCCUGUGGUAUCAGGUGGUAUUUCCUGUUUCCAGACCUUUGUGGCUUCACUGACGGACUGCUGGUUUAAUCCACACAAUGGGAGAUGGCCAUUAUUUCCCCUUUUCCACAUGCUGCUGUGACCCUCACUUCCAGGCUCUGUUACCAAACCUCGUGAGCUGCCUUGAUGUCUACUUCUAAGUGCAUAUCAGUGCCGCACAGGAGACUUACAAUUCGGCACUGCAUGUUGCUAAGCUAACAAUAUAAUAAUCUAAUAAGCAUAAAAAUAAAGUAUAUUUGAAUUCCUUUUGCAAAGUAUGUAGUAUAUGAUGCUUGCUAUGUAGGCAGCUCACUAGGUUUUAAAACAGAGCUUAAUUGUAUAGGGUCGUAUUAAGCUAUUGCCUCAUGAACUUUCACUUUGCACACUUUGACUGACUGCUUUUUGCCCCACGAUAUCUUUAAUAAACUGUCAGUGUGAUAAAAUAUUAGACAAUAAUUAGCUAUAACUGUGGGUGGCAAGGUUUUGCAAGCAACACAGAUAAUCCUUCUAUUUCCUUAUGAAUUUAUUGUAGAGCAGACGCACCGACAAGUGAUUUUGGAGUUUGUACGGUAUUAUAAUGCAUUGUAAAUUAUGAUUUGUAAGCUUAAGUGAUUAUUUUGUAUUGAUCAAAUGUUCACAGAUCUGAUUUAUAUUUGUAAAUCUCAAUUUCUUCACUCUGUCUUUUUAGGUGAGGUUUUAUAUGUUUAGUAGAGUUUAUUAUUUAAGUGGAACUACUAUUUUUCACAUUUAAUGUUCACUUUAACACUCGACAGAAAGUAUCUUUAUAGAGGACGUGAUGAAAUGAGUUUUAUUGUUUGGCUCUUUUGAAACUGGGCCACAAGCUCUUUGAGUUCCUGAUUAAAUAUUCUUAACAUUGCCGAUUUUUGCUCAUAAAUAAAAAAUAAAAUGUUUGAAAACAA